UACUCAAUUUCGUCUACCUCGACCUUACUCUGCCCUCACCCCCCUCGAGCCAAACCCUAGGUCGGAAUUCAUUAUCUCGAGCCUUGUUUUCUUCAUCUGCCUCUGCUACAGCAUAAUAGUUUUCGUCCUCCAACUUAUUUCUCCCUUCCACCUUUGUUUUAGUCUCAGCUAAAACCCUAGCUCUCACCUUCUGGCUCUGUGCUAUUUUCUGCUAAUUUCCUCCAGUGCAUGUCUGCCUGCACGAACUCGGAACUCCUCAAGUAUCUCCGACUCAUCUUGUUUCAGUACAACGCGAAGGAAGCGUGUGGCAAUAAGCGAGGGAGCGAAUUAUCGUAUGGAAGAAUGAGUUAUAUAUUAUAAGGAGGGGUUCUUCUUCAAGGGUGAAUGUUGAAAAGUUAGUGCAACAGUUAUGCAUGGAUGCAACCCAGGAUUUACCCUCUUGGUGAAUGCAGAGGUUGAUUCCAUGGGUGGUGUUGUUGAUUGUGAAGUUGGUUUAGAUAGCCAAUCAUCGCCCCAUCGUGCAGCAAUUGCAAAGACACAGGAAGAGCUACGGCUGGAAUAUGAUGUGCGUGAAGAGAGAAGAAGAGAGUUGGAGUUUCUGGAAAAGGGUGGUAAUCCAUUGGAUUAUAAAUUUGGCCGUGCAACAUCAAUUAGUGUACAGUCUACUUCUCUUCGAGAUCAGCUUGCUGAGCAGCAUGUGACGAGCGAAGCAAAAGGCAGCUUUGCACUGGCUACAUCGCCUCAUGGGGAUUCUGUUGAAAGCAGUGGCCGGCCAGCAGGUUCUAUGGGUCGUGAGCCUAAUAUUGCAGACAAUCUUCUACUAUUUUCUGGUGAAAAUUGUAGUCCAGGCAGAGAGAAGAAUGUGAGAAGAACUGGGAGGAGAAGUAAUGCUGCUCCAGCUGAACAAUCUUCCAAGAUUGAUGGUUGCCGUAAUGCAAAAGAAUCAAAUGACUUAGUGAUUUUACGACUUGAACCAGGUGGUCAGGCUUAUGCUCGGAGGAAUAGGUAUAGGUCAAGCCGGGAUAGUCACAGCAGUAAAUCUCCACUUUUAUCUUCCUCUCAUACAGACGCUAGGGAUGUAAAGGAGUCCCAUGAAGAAGUUCAGGAGCAUACUGUUUCGUCAAUUAUAAACUCUAAACCAACACAUUUUGAUAAAGAGAAGACAGAAUUGCAGUUGGUGAAAAUCAAUGCUUGUGAAAACUUGAAGAAUUUUGACUAUAAUUCUUCUUCUGCAGAACAAGCAGAUAAGCAAACACCUGAUUUUAUUGGGAAAGAGUCUAUUGCUUCUGUUGGUUUUCUUUCCGCCCCUCCUUGCGAUAUGGAUAACAUUAAAGGUUCCAACCAUGAUGAGAAGGACAAAAACUUUAGAGCUCUAGAUGUAGCGCAUGAGGAUAAUAUUACUGGAAAAGAAAAUGUUUCAAGUAAUAUCACUGAAAUGGUAGGUAGAAAGAAUGCCGAUAUGAGCACAGCUCACCUUCAUGGAAGUGCUGAUAGUAGCGACUCAUUGACAUAUAGAGUUGGUGUUAGUGUUGGCUUAAACUCCAAAGGUCAGGUCGCAGGUCAAGUUACUUCUGGCACUGGUAGCGCAGCAGAAAAUAGCCAAAUUGCAGGUUCUGCUGCUGCUUACAUUACUCGUAAUGGUGAAGCGAGAACUCAGAUAAAGUUCAACAAUUCAGUUCAGGUUAAAGAUGAAGUUCAAUUAUGUAAUAAAAAUGACGAGCAAGCUGUAGAUAGGGUCCUUUCUAACACUGAGAUUAGACUAAAUAAGAAGUUGGAAAUCCCUCAGGAUGUCGACAAGACUGGUACAAUAAUAGUCAAUUCUAAUUUCCACAGUCACGAGCCUUCUUUAGCAAUCCCUUCCAGGAUGGUUUGUUCAACUGCUCCUGAGCCUCAGAAUAGUGAAGCUAUCCAGUUGAAGUUAGCAAAAAGGGCAAAUGAAGAUGCCAUUUUGAAAGAGGCUCGGAUAAUCGAGACGAACUUAAAGAGGGCUUCUGUACCAUCUAUUAGUUGCUUUUCUUCAGAGAAGCAACGAAAAACCCAUUGGAAUUUUGUUCUUGAAGAGAUGGCUUGGAUGGCAAAUGAUUUUAUGCAGGAGCGGCUUUGGAAGACAACUGCUGCUGCCCAAGUAUGCCACUGGAUUGCUUCUGUUGGUAGAUCAAAGUUUGAGCAAGAAAAUUUGUGCCAGAAGCAGAGAAAUGUAGCUCGAAAGCUGGCCAAAGCUGUGAGGAAUUUUUGGAAAUCUGUUGGUGCUAUUCUUACUAAAGGUGAAGCAUCCUCUGGCAUGAAGGAAGAUGGUACUGCAAACCUGUUUAAAGCAUCAAAUAUCAGCAGUUUUAAUACUGUGAAAGAUCAGAGUGUAGAAGUUUGUGGAGGGCCUCUUAAGCCAGGUCUCCAGAGCUAUGCACGUAGGAUUUUGCAGUAUCUCUCUGAUGUCUCUAGUGAUCCUAUCCUGGCUGAAGCACCAAGAACUCCUGAUAGGUUAAAGGAUACUGGUUCAUUUGGAGUAUUCUUGGAUGACCAACUUUCAGAAGAGAACUUGUUCUAUAAAGUGCUUCCUGGUGCUAUGCACUCUUACAGGGAAUCAAUAGAGUCUCAAUGUGCGCAGAUCAAGGAAGAAGAAUGUGAGGCCUCAAUGUGCGAUUCUAUUGCAGAUGGCAGGCAAAUAAUUGCUUUCGAAGAGGAUGAAGGUGAAACAGCGACAGACAUUUUCUCUGGAGCGCUUGAAGGCAAUUAUUUACCCAAAUAUAUUCACAAGAAUAGAAAGAUCUAUCAACAGAAUUUCUAUGCUACUAGAUAUGAAGCUGAUGUAUCAUAUGAUCCUUCUAUCGAGGGAAAAACCGCACGCCAUACUCUUAUUAUGAGGAAAAGGCCUUCAGGUAUCCUUAAUGUUAGUGCAGUGCCCACAAAGCGCACGAGAACAGCUGCAAGGCAACGGACUAUUAGUCCUUUUAGUUCUGGACCUGUUGGAUCCAUACCCAUGACAAGUAAAACAGAUGUUUCAAGCGGCGACACAGGUUCAUUCCAGGAUGACCAAAGUUCACGACAUGGCUAUUCACUUCCCCAGAGAAAUUUUGAAGCCGAUUCUACUGUAGAUUUUGAGAGAUUGCUAACAUUUGACAGUACUGAUAUACCUAUAAAGCCAAAAAAGAAGAAGAAACCGAAGCAUUUGGGAUACAAAAGUUCACUGAACCUUCCUGAUUCCAAGGCUUCUUCUUACGAACAGAGGUUACAGGCUGACUACAUGGUUCAACAAGAUCAGAGAGAUCAUACUAAAAAGCGGUGUGAAGGUCUGCAGUUUGAAUCCAAUGGAAAUAUGGGGUUUUACGGACAAAAUAUUUCAAAGAAACUUAAGCUCUCAAAGCGGGCAGAGUCCCCAGAAACGAUGACUCCUGCUGGCAGAUCCAUGCCCUCUCCAGUUGCUUCUCAGAUGAGUAACAUGUCAAAUUCAAAUAAACUCAUAAGAAUAAUCAGCAACCGUGAUAAGGGUAGAAAAAGUAAAGCUUUAAAGAUUGCCGGUGGACAGUCUGGGCCUGGAAUUGCAUGGUCAACCUUUGAGGAUCAGGCUCUUGUUGUCCUCGUUCAUGAUAUGGGCCUUAACUGGGAGUUGAUUAGUGAUGCUCUCAAUAGCACUCUUCAUUUCAAGUGUAUAUACAGGAAACCUAUAGAUUGCAAAGAGCGUCACAAGUUUCUUAUGGAUAAAAGUGUCGGUGAUGGAGCUGACAGUGCCGAGGAUUCAGGCUCAUCUCAGCCUUACCCAUCUACCUUACCUGGGAUCCCAAAGGGCAGUGCCAGACAAUUAUUUCAACGGCUUCAAGGUCCAAUGGAGGAAGAUACUAUGAAGUCGCAUUUUGAAAAAAUCAUUCUCAUUGGGCAGCGCUUGCGUUCUUGUAGAAGUCAGGAUAAUAAACAACUGAUACAAAUAACUCCAGUUCACAGUUCUCAUCUUUUGGCUCUUUCUCAAGCAUGCCCAAACAACUUGUCUGGAACAAUUUUAUCGCCAGUUGAUCUUGCUGAUGCAGUGAAUUCAAACACAGAUUCCGUUGCCCUUGUGCAUCAAGGUUCUCAUACAAAUGGCAUCGUAAUUCCAGGUCACCAGGCUUCUUUGGCACCAGUUCUUUCCACCUCAUCCACAAACGCCAUGCUGCAGGGCUCUCCUAGUAUGGUUUUAGGUAGUGGCCUGCCACCACCAUCUCCAUUGCACGCGCCACCAAGAGAUUCACAAAGAUAUGGUGUGCAUAGGUCCUCUACAUUACCAGUUGAGGAUCAAAAAAGACUUCAGCAGUAUAACCAGAACUUUUCUGGUAGAAACGUGCAACAAUCUGGUAUUUCUAUGACGAAUGCUUUGCCUGUUGGAGUCGACCGUGGUGUUCGGAUGUUACCUGGCGGUAAUGGCAUGGGUAUGAUGUGCGGGGUUAACAGGAGCAUGUCCAUGCCUCGGACUGGUUUUCAGAGCGUUAGUGCGGCGGGCAUGCUUAACAUGGUUUCCCCUAAUAAUAUGCUCUCAGGCAAUGUUUCUAGCCCAGGAAGCACAAUGUUAAGGCCACGUGAUGCUUUGCAGAUGCUCCGACCUGGUCAGACUACAGAGGAAACUAGGCAGAUCAUGAUGCAAGAAAUUCAGCUGCAAGCCUCACAAGGCAAUGCUCAAGCUAUUGCCCCUUUCAAUGGUAUGAGUGGCUCAUUUUCCAAUGCAUCAGUUCCUCCCCCUGUUCAGACAAUGCCACUGCAACAACACCAACCACAUCAGAUUCCUCAACAGCCUCAUAUCCUUGGGAGCCCUAAUAACUCUCUCAUUCAAGGCACCAACCACUCAAGCUCACAGCAGCAGGCAUAUAUCCGCUUUGCUAAAGAGAGCCAGCUUCAACAACGGAUUAUGCCUCAGGCCCAGCAUCCAUAUUCUGGUUCCUCUGCCAUCUCUCCCAUGGAAAACAAUUCACAGUUCCAACAACAAAACCAGUCAUCUUCACCUGUAAAUUCAGUUGCUUCAUCCCAGACACAGCAUAAGCAGCAACCAAUGCCUCGCAACCCUCAAACCAGCAGCACGGUGUCAAGUCAGAUUAUAAAGCAAAGACAAAGGCAACAGGUUCAACAACAGCAGCAGCAGCAGCAGCAGCAGCAACCAAGGAAUCUACAGCAGCAAAAGCAGCAGGCACAGCAUGGUAAACUUAUGAAGGGAUUGGGCCGGGGAACCAUGUUGCUGCAGCAAAACCUAUCAGUUGAUGCCAACCAAGGCGGUAUCCGUCCAACAGUUUCCAGUAACCAGGCCUCUGAGAAGCUUCUGUUGCAACAAAAUCAGGGCUUUAGUCCUGUAAGUGCAGGAUUAAAUUCAAAUCUGCAACAACCUUCGAUCUCUCAACAGCUGUAUUCCCGUCCACAUCCUCCACAAUCAAAGCAAGUUGCAUCUAUGCCUUCUCAUCCUGAUAACAAUCAAGCUUCAAUACGGGCCCCUUCAACUCAUUCCAUACGAACUGUCCAGCAUUCGGUCCCAGCAACACCUCCAGCUACCCAGCAGCAGCAGCAGCAGCGACAAGCAAAUCAAUCACCAACAAACAUGCAAAGAAUAAUGAUUCCACAGAGCCGUCAGUCAAGUCAUGAUGGUAGAAUACAGUCCAUUAAUGAACCAGUCCAAGUGAAUCAAAUGAUUCCAUCUUCAUCACUUCCUAAAACUUCAGAUUCUUCUAGCCUGCCUGGUGUUAUUUCAUCAGGAGUCCACUGGAAGCCAGAACCAUCCUUCGAAACAUGCACAACGGGUGAGAAAGCUCAAAUAGCUGCCAUUCCACAAGAAAACUUUACUGGGAAUGAUGCAAUGAUACCACCUUCUACACAAGGUUUAGGGCAGAGGCAGUUAUCUGGUAAUAUCUCUAUGCAUGUGCAUGGAGUUGGGGGUCAAUGGCAACAACAGCAGCAGCUUCAGCCAACACCUCUAACUCAGCAGCAGCAUCGGCAAGGCGUACAAGGAAACUUGUACACACGGUCUUCAAACACAGGACCAUGAUGAUAAAAAGAAUGCUGGUCCUUGAAACAUGAAGCUGCUCGAUCAGCUUUUGUAGAAGUAUUGUACAGUGAAUCCGAGGAAAUUCAGCUUUGCUUCGGGAUCAGGUGUUAGCAAUUUCAUCUCCUAAUUUAAAGAUGGUUUGCCACACAUUUUUUCUUCCCUUAGCUCCUACAGCGAACCUCCCUCUUUCUAGUCACCCAGGGAAAUGCUUCUUUAUUGUAUUACCAAAUUCUUUUGUAAUUCGAAUUAGUGCUAAAUUUUGGGCUUGUUUAGAAAUUUUUUUGCCCAUGGCUGGGAAUAUUGCUGAAAUUGUCUCUCAACUCCUGGCCAUUUCACAUAGCGUCAGGUUUUACUAGAACACCCUCCAUAAGUCUUUUAAUGAAAAUAUUGUACAGUGAAUAUUAAGCAUUAAAUCUCUUGCAAAUAUGAGUUGAUAUUAAUUGGAGAAGUCUUGC